AUGACCGUCCAUAUCACUUCUCUGACUCUCCUAUUCAUACUACUCUCUUCUCUGGCUUAUGUCUGGUAUCGCGGACGGAUCAGAUCAUCCAAGCUGCCUCCUGGACCACGACCUCUGCCCCUCAUAGGCAACGUGCACCAACUACCCCUCAAAGAUCAGCACAAGACCUUCGCUGAAUGGGGGAGAGAAUAUGGCGAUCUGAUCUAUCUGCGAAUUUUCGCGACGCCGGUGUUGGUCGUACAUUCGCUAUCCGCUGCUCGCGAACUGUUAGAGGGCAAGAAUUCCGUCACUUCAGACAGACCUCAUAUGGUCUUCGUAAGAGAGUUUCUUGGUUAUGACUCAUGUUUCCCGUUCAUCCCUUACGGGGAGGUAUGGCGCCGGCAGCGAAAAUGGGUACACACCGCCCUCGAGACGAAAGAGUCCCUGGCCAGUUACAGUCGAAGUCAACGACGCGCGGUGCAUGCCUUACUCUCUGACCUCUUGAAUGAACCUGAGCGAUACUCGCAACAUCUCAUACGUAGAUACAUGGCCGCGAUGAUGAUGGUCAUUGUUUACGGCCACACUAUGACGUCUAAGGAUGAUGCCUUCGUUAGGACAGCCGAGGAGGCUAUGGGUGGAACUGCGAAGCUGGGGGACAUUGCGUCUUCCCUGGUUGAUUUCCUACCCAUCCUAAGGCAUCUGCCAUCCUGGAUCCCGGGGAUGGGGUUCAAAAGGAAGAUCCCGCAGGUUCGUCAGCUUGUUCAAAAGACUAUGGAUGAGCCAUUCGAAAUGGCCAGGAAAGCAAUGAUAGAUGGUCAUGAUCAAUCAUAUUUCGUUGCGAAGAUAAUCUCUUCGCAGUCUGAAGGUAGAUUACUACAACCAGAUCAACUAUUGUUGAAGUACGCUGCCGGCGCUCUUUAUAUUGCCGCGGUGGACACAACUGCGACGACGCUCUCCACAUUUCUUCUUGCUAUGGUGCUUCAUCCAGAGGUCUUGCGGAAGGCGCAAGCAGAGAUUGACCGUGUUGUGGGAGGCACACGACUGCCAAACGUCGAGGACAGAGCAUCCUUGCCAUAUGUAGACUGCAUCAUUAAGGAGGUGUAUCGGUGCGCCUUUCCUUUUCUAGGUAUACCGCAUGCAAUGUCGAGGGACGAGGUGCUUCGCGGGCACAAUAUUGCGCGUGGUACCGUCAUCGUGGCAAACCUGUGGGCAAUGACGCAAGACUCAACGCUGUAUCCAGAACCGGAGACAUUCCGCCCUGAGCGCUUUCAGGAAAUGGACAGUCAUACAGCGGAGCAAGCUGACCCACGUAAAUUCAUUUUUGGCUUUGGCCGACGUAUCUGCCCGGGCCGGCAUUUCGCGGAUAUGAACAUAUGGCUUACUAUAUCCAGCAUCAUUGCGGCCUUCGACAUAUCCAAGGCUCGUGACGCCGAAGGCAAUGAAAUAAUGCCGCAGAUGUCUUUUACAUCUGGACUUGUCAGUUUCCCAGACCCAUUCGAGUGUGAUAUACGACCACGCACUGCGAGGACCCGUCAUUUGAUUUCUCAACUCAGUGAGAAUCCAGCUUGAUGAAGGCCCGGACGAGGACCGGACGUCUUGACUGUCUCAUCUAGCUGUCUAUUGCCAACUACGUGAACGGAUCACGAGUCACGAGAUUAUUUGAACAAUGCCAGGAAGACGCGCAUUUUCCUGUAUCCACACGCUACCUGCUAUUAUUAACCUCGUUCACGUUC